AUGGCUCCGGAAAGAGAUACAACGCUAUGCAAAUCUUGCAAUAAGAGCCGCCUAACAAAUGGUGUCCAAAAUUGGGUGCAGUGCGACUCUUGCAAGGAAUGGUACCACUUCGCAUGCGCUGGAGUAGACGACUCUAUUGCGCGUGUACGAUGGACGUGCGACUUGUGCAUGCAUGUCGACCGUUCUUCCUCAACAUCGACGCGCGCCGCUAUACAGCCAAACGAAUCGGAAAACGCCGCACCAAACAAAGAUGCCGCCAUAUUGUCAAUGGAACCCAAUUCGAAUAAGCCGGCGGAGACAUCAUUUACUCAAACUUCAAACAACUUAAUGAUGGCGAUGCUGGAAGAAACGCGUGAAUCUGAAAGAAAAUAUAUCGAGCAGAAAUACGCAAUACUGGCACAGCAGCAGGGGAUGCAGGAAAGGCCCAUCCAAUUAUUUGGACCAACUUCAUCUCAACUAGCAGCAAGGCAAAUUCUACCAGCGGACCUGCCGACUUUCAAUGGCAACCCAGCAGACUGGCCAAUCUUCAUAAGCAUGUACGAAAACAGCAGCUCGGUAGCCGGAUUUACGGACGCAGAAAACAUGCUUCGUCUCCAGAAGUCUCUCAAAGGAAAGGCUUAUGAAUUGGUACGAGACAAGCUGUUACUGCCGGCACUGGUCCCAGAGGUAAUCAACACCCUAAUAACCUUCUUUGGGCGACCGGAGCAGAUCCUUGACCGUCUGAUCGAUAAAAUUCGUAAAAUAACUGUACACAAAGACAGACUAGAGUCCCUUAUAGACUUUGCAAUGGCGGUCCGCAACGCGUGCGCCACGAUGGAGGCUUGCAACCUGUACGCACAUCUUGACAACCCAAUGCUUCUGCGUGAACUUGUUGACAAGUUGCCCACUCAACAUAAAUUAAGUUGGGCCUUGCAUCCGCGCAGUCCUUCCAUCCCUGUUGUUAAGUCAUUUAGCGACUGGAUAUAUCAUCUAGCAGAAGCCGCCUCCACAGUCAUGCCUGGACAAAACUCAUGGAGCGUGAACACUAAUACACAAGCAUUUGCCGGAGAAAAGCACCAAGCAAUUAGUGACUCCGAAGACGACCAGCAACAAGACGCCAAACCAAACCCCGCAUGCGUCAUGUGCAACUCUACCGAACAUUACGCCGCCCAAUGCGAGAAGUUUCUAAAAUUGACAGUUCCGGAGAGACAGCGUAGAAUCAGCGAUGCCAAAGCUUGCUACAGAUGCCUAAAGACGCACCGACGUAAAUGCUUCUCCAAACGUAAUUGCGGUGUUGAUAAUUGCCAAUCGAAGCACCACCCUCUUCUCCAUAGAGACGCACCUAGGCCCGAACUCGUCAGUGCUCAUCAUAAGGAAGCAGACUUCGAAGAACAAUACUUUCGAAUUUUGCCAGUGACUCUGUAUGGAAACAGAGUAAGGAUCAACACGUAUGCGUUCCUGGAUGAGGGCUCAUCUGUGACAUUAAUCGACGAAGGAAUUCUAAAACACCUCAAAGUUUGCACAUCACCCGAACCACUCUGUUUGCAGUGGACCAGCAACACCACCCGUACAGAGGAAACGUCUUUCAAGGCCCGAAUGCAAAUAUCGGAGAUGGGGAGUGGAAGAAAAUUGUGGCUUAACAACGUACACUCAGUCAAGCACCUCGCGCUACCAAAGCAAACUGUCGAUGUAAAUAAACUCGUCGGCAGAUAUAAUCACUUACACGGAUUGCCAAUAAAAUCAUAUUAUAAUGCUGAACCGAUGCUACUAAUUGGCGCUAACAACUGGACCUUGGCUGUUCCUCGCAAAAUUCGUGAGGGAAGACGCAACGAGCCCAUCGCCUCAAAAUGUACUCUCGGAUGGAGUAUUCAAGGCACAAGCAACGCCAACAGAAAUUAUUCCUUCCAUCACUGCGUUUGCAACUGGAACGACAUCGAAAAGGCAGUAAGAGAAAGCUUCAACGCAGAUCCUAUCGCACCCCGAGAGCUCUUCUCCAAAGACGACGAAAAGGCUAAAGGAAUUCUGGAGGAAACAUGCAAGAAAGUAAACGGUAGAUAUCAAAUUGGCUUGCUCUGGCGGGACAAGAAUUUAAUUCUCCCAGAGAGCUACUCAACCGCACUGAAACGCCUCGAAUGCCUAAGACAGAAAAUUAACAAAAAUCCAGAACUAUUUGACCAAAUUCAAAAUCAGAUUGACAACUUAGUCGUAAAAAACUACGCGAUCGAACUGCAACCCGCAGAUACAGCUGAGGACACAAACCGUGUAUGGUACCUCCCUAUAUUUAUCGCACUAAAUCCAAACAAGCCAAAUAAAAUAAGACUAGUUUGGGACGCAGCUGCAAAGAGCCACGGCAAAUCCCUCAAUGACUUUAUGCUAACUGGACCGGAUUAUUUAAACUCGCUAACCGAAGUCCUAAUGGCAUUCAGAGUGGGCCGUAUAGGCGUGUGCGCGGACAUCGCUGAGAUGUUCCACCAAAUUAUCAUCCAGCAGAGCGACAUGCAUGUUCAACGAUUUUUGUGGCUUCAUAAGGAUAACAAAACUCCACGUAUAUUCGUCAUGCGUGCAAUGACAUUUGGUAUCUGCUGCGCGCCCUGCAUUGCUCAUUAUGUACGUGACAAAAACGCACAGGAGUUUAAAGAUCAUUGUCCCCGAGCUUUCGAGUCCAUAACAGAGGCUCAUUAUGUGGACGAUCUCAUAGACAGCUACACCGACGACUCUGAGGCGAUCGCAGUAACCACAAAAGUCCGUGACAUCCAUGCUGAGGGAGGCUUCACUAUUAGAAAUUGGAUCUCAAACUCUACCGCCGUCCUAAAGCAUUUUGGAGAGCGCCAAAUAGACGAGCAGAGCCCCAAAGAGCUUGGUGACCCCGAGAAGGUUCUCGGUAUGAAUUGGGAACCCUCGAACGACGUUUUUAAGUAUACUUUCAGAUUUGCGAGACUUAAAAGAGACGUACUAAACGGAGAAACUGUACCAACAAAACGUGAAGCCCUACAGGUUCUGAUGUCCAUUUUCGAUCCUUUGGGCCUGCUAUCAUGUUACACAAUCGGUCUUAAAAUGCUACUGCAGAAAGUAUGGCGUGCAGGCAUAGACUGGGACGAGGAAUUACCCGACACUUUACUCGGAUCAUGGCGACAAUGGAAAACUGUCCUUCUUCAAGCUGCUAAAUUGGAAUUUCCUCGCUUCUACUCAACUCUGCUGCCGAAUGCUGAUCAGAUUGAUUUGCACACAUUUGUAGAUGCGAGCGAGUACGCCUACGCAGCAGUUGCGUAUCUUCGUAUCAAGCAGGGAGCCGAUAUCGACACAGUCCUAGUAGCAGCUAAAUGUAAGGUUGCCCCGCUAAAGCCAGUCUCAAUACCACGCAUGGAACUCCUGGCAGCAGUAAUGGGAGUGAACUUAGCCAAAAAAGUUAUUAAUAUUAGAAGGCUCAACAUUAACUCAAGCACAUACUGGUCAAACUCAACAACAGUACUGCAGUGGCUGGAUAUGGACCCUCGAAAAUUUCAAGCCUUUGUCAUGCAUAGAGUUGGGGAGAUAAUAGAUCAAACAAGUCGAGCUCAAUGGCGCUGGAUUCCGACCAAGGAAAAUGUUGCAGACUCAGCCACAAAGUUAAUCAAAUCUCCUAAAGCUAAUCGCUGGUUAAAAGGUCCCCAGUUCCUAGCCUAG